UGGGACAAGAUGGCGGCGACCGGGGUGGGCGUGGGGCGGAAGCAGGUGUGGCAGGAGGAGCUGUGGCAUCUCAUGCGGGAGAAGAAGCAGCAGAACGUGGACAAGAAGUGGAUCGAAUUGCCUUUUUCUAAGUACAACAGCCUGGGUCACCUGAGCUGCACGUUGUGCAGCACGCCCGUGAAGAGCGAGCUGCUGUGGCAGACUCACGUCCUGGGAAAGCAGCACUGCGAGAGAGUUGCGGAAUUAAAGGGUGCAAAGCAGGCAGCGAGUGGUUCAGCUGCUAGCACAUCGGCUCAUCCUGUCAAGAGAAAAACUGCCGAUGGAGAAAGUACACAGUUAAAGAAAUCAAAAGGUACAGAUGACAAGACACAUACAUCUACAUCUGGGCUACCAGCAGAUUUUUUUGAUGAAGCAGAGCACAAAAAUACUAACAAGCAGUUAUCGAAAGCUCCUGGUCCCAGUUUAUUGUCAGGAUAUUAUGAUGAUGAAGAUGAAGAAGAAGAAGAGGAACAAGAUCAGCCGAACAAAUCUUCUGUUAUGCACAAAACUGAAAUUCCACCUCCAACUCGAGAAGUAAUACCUAAUUCUCUGCCUGCAGACUUCUUUGACAGCAAAACUACAGCUGCUCCUGUAGUUUCGCAUUCAGGAUCCAUACAGAAACCAGAGACGCAAGAGAAGAUAGUAGAACAGAAAGAGAACACUGCUGAGGCUUUGCCAGAGGGGUUCUUUGAUGACCCUGAAGUGGAUGCAAAAGUGCGAAAGGAUCAGAUGGACAAGGAAUGGGAUGAAUUUCAAAAGGCAAUGCGACAAGUCAACACAAUUUCAGAAGCAAUAGUGGCAGAAGAAGACGAGGAGGGACGAUUGGAUCGUCAGAUUGGUGAAAUUGAUGAGCAGAUUGAAUUUUACCGUUGUGUUGAGCUUCUGCGCAACCGCCAGGAUCUGAUAAAGGAGAAGUGUAAGGAAGCCAUGAGAUUAAGAGCAACACAAGAGAAAGAGGAUGAGGAUAUUGGUAGCGAAGAUGAAGAAGAACUGCAGGAUUUGCUGUCUCAAGACUGGCGGGUGAAAGGGGCUUUGUUGUAGCAUUUUUGCAGCCUGGCUGAUUAUCACUGUUAUUUCCAUUAUUGGAAGUGAAAUGGUUUGUUAAAUAUUUAUUUAAAGAGGUUGAGAGAUGAUAAAGAGCCAACUGUGUAAUACGAAAAAAAUACAAAAAGAAAGAAGCUCCAACCUUUGUAGAUCCACAAUGGUGUAUUACUGUACAAACUGUAUAUUGCAAAUGUUUUAUGAUAUUCAGUGUACUUUUCUUAUUAAUAAAACUGAUUUCCUACCGGAGGUA